AUGAAUGAUGCCGGAGCCAACAACCGCAAUGACCCAGAAGCUUGGACUCGGGGUGGUCGCGAAUUUUCAUCCUCUAGAGAAAUAUAUACACGAUCUCUCUACCGAAUAUGCCUCAAAUUCACAACAUCAGAAGACGAGGACGAAGGCAAACCCGAGCCUGCAACUGCUUACUGGACGCUCUACGGUAGACCUACUACAAUUGGUAAUGGUGGCCCCAAUUCACACUCACCCGAUAGUAUCUGUCGUCGAAUGGACGACUCCAUGACAGGACCAGCCGCUGGUAUCCUUACCAGAGUGAACGAUACUGAUGGCGAACAAGCAACUGCUCAUGCUCUUCGAGCAGGCAUGACCGUAGGCUGGCAAAUCCGAGGGGACCGUGGCGAUGCGGCAGUACGUGUCGGCAAAGCGAAAGUCUUCAUGACCGGAAAGAACGGUCCUGACGGGGGGCCGACCAGAGAGGCUCAGAUCCUCACCUUGGAUGCUGAUCGAUGGGUAUUGUGUAAGGGGGCAUCUUUUGCUGCUGGGAAUUCCGUCUUCAACGUCGAAGACUGCAUCGAAGCGAAACAACGAAUAACCAUCCACUGUUCGAAAGGACCCAUGAGGGGCAAGUUGAUCGAUGUACAAGCGUCCAGAUGCCCCUACGUCUUUGGAAGAGCCCACCAAGCUGAUCUAUGCAUCAUGGAUCGAGAACUGAGUCGCCGACACGGUGCAAUUUUGUACCUACCCAACCGUAAUGGCAACGGAGCAAACAAGGCAAAGACUGGCAACGGAAUUUUCGUUUUGGUGGAUCUGGAGAGUACGAACGGAUCCUACAUGCGACUAGUCGGGCCCUACAGCAUGAAAGGCAUGGGCGCCCUCGGUGUCGGCGACGAGUUUAUAGUGGGCAGAACAGGUUUUUCCGUAAAUCACUUUGACUUUGGAAUAUCAGAAGCCAUCGGUGCAAGGCCAACAAUGGAAGAUCGAACCGUGGUUAUUCAGAAUCUGAUGUAUGAGCCAAGCCACGGAUACUACCGCAACGAGCCAAAAGAACACCUCUACGAGCUUGCAAUGACUUCCUUUGCUGCCGUCUUUGAUGGUCACGGAGGUGACGAAUGUUCCAACUAUUUGGUCGAGGCAUUACCUCGACAUAUCAGACAAGCCAUGCUUGCCGACCGAGAAUCUCUACAGUCCGCGAUUGAACAAAGCCGGAAUACAGCUCGUGGCGAACAAACGGAAGACGCUGCGUCAGAGCUCAUGAGAAAGAUACUGAAAGCCGCAUAUUUGAGAACGGAUAAAGAAUUCAUCACUCCAAAGACAGCACCGCAAAGUGGUUCCACUGGUGCAACGGUCAUAUUGAUGGGCCGACGACUCUUCGCCGCCAAUGUCGGCGACAGUCGUGUUGUAUUGUGUCGCGGCGGAGGCCAAUGCGUGGAACUCACGAGUGAUCAUAAGCCCAGUCGACCAGACGAGGCGGCACGUGUGCGGCAAGCUGGCGGCUUCAUCCUCCACAAGCGCGUCAUGGGUGAACUAGCCAUUACGAGAGCCUUUGGUGACAAAUCCUUCAAGAUGGGAAUCAAGGCUAUGCUCGAGGAGGAAGCAGAAGAGUUAGCAGGAGGAGUCAACGAAAAUGAACAAGCGAGAGACUUGACAGCACCGCUAGUUAGUGCAGAGCCAGAAAUUGCGUCGAUGGUGCUGAGCCAUACAGACGAAUUCCUCCUGUUAGCUUGCGAUGGUCUGUUCGAUGUGUUCCGAUCCCAAGAUGCAGUCGCUCUUGCACGUCAAGAGUUGAUUGCGCAUCGGGGAGAACCAGCAGAGGUUGCCAGAAUUUUGAGUGAUCAAGCAAUUCGAGUACGAAGAAGCAGGGACAAUGUCAGCAUCCUCAUCGUCGUGCUAAGGCCUUUCUGGGAACUGUAG